AUGCCAUUUAAUCUCAACUUGGGAAAAGUCCAUUCAAGCUUCCGCGAAAAUACUUCCGCCAUGCACCACUCAAUCGCCAUUGCCAAGCUCGCCUUGCUCCUCGCCACUGCAGCCGUGUCCUGCGGCUUCUUCGUCGUCGCACAUGCACAUGCGCAGAAGAGCUGCUGGCCACGCGAGAGGGACGCGUUGCUGGCCUUGAAGCAGGGCAUCAACGACACGGAUGGCGUCCUCGCCUCGUGGCAAAAACUGCGCCAUGACUGCUGCCGCUGGACGGGCGUCGCCUGCAGCAACGAAACCGGCCAUGUCACCGAGCUUGACAUCGGUCUCAGCUGGUUGUUCGGCCAGAUAAGUCCUUCCUUGCUUUCUCUCCAGCAUCUCGAGUACCUGGAUCUCAGCACCACCUCCCUACUUGGACCAAACGGCAGCAGUGUAUUCCUAGAUUUCUUGUCUUCUUUGCACAACUUGAGACAUCUCGAUCUCGCCGGCACGCCAUACUCUGGUAGAGUUCCUGCUCGGCUUUCCAACCUUUCAAAUUUGGAGUAUCUCGAUCUUAGUGGGACAUCCCUGCAUGGUCAUGCUCCAGAGUGUUAA